CUGUGCAUAAAUUCAAAGAAAGCGAAAGGAAAAUUCGCAAACAUGAGAAGUGAAAGUAAAAAUCAGGUGAUACUCCAGUUGAGAAAUGGCAGUUUCUUGGUUAUCAUCAAGUCAAUCUAAAUUCAAUUUUGAACCAUUUUUGGUCGCUGUAAUUCUGUUGGCAGCAGCUGAAGAAGUUUCAACACAAGAAAAUGCACCAUUACUGCAACCAAGGAAUGGGAUAAGAACAAGAAGAUUUUCUGCAAAAUCCCAGGAAACGCCAAAAUCUGAUUGUCCUGAUUACCGCUUUGAUGGCCAGAACAACUGUGACAAGGACUGUAGAUGUAGAGACAGCAAUGAGGUGUGUAAUAAGGAAACAGGUGCCUGUACAAGUGGAUGUUCUGUGGGAUGGGGAGGAACAGGCUGCCAGGACUGUACACUUGGCCAGAAACCUUCAGCCACAUCAACAGCCAGUGGUAUCACAGUUAGUUGGAAUACUAGACUAUGUAAUAGGUCUGGUGUGCAAGGAAUCCAGUAUGUAUUAGAAUAUGCUGAACUACCUGGUGAUACAUGGCAAUCUAUAGACAGGAGUGCAGAAGAUUGUGAUAUCAAGUGUGAAGUUACUAUUUCCAACUUGCUGCCUGAUAUGGUGUACCUGGUGAGGGUGAGGAUAAGAAAAGAUGAUAAUCAACUGGCCCCUUUUUGGAGGAUGAAACUACUCGAGUUAAAACAAUGUGUGGCAAGCCUCGUAGAUUUCAUUCCAGCCAGUUUGAUGUACAAGAGGUUUUAGAUUCUAAUAGAAGAGUUAUCAGGGUUACUUGGAAUAAAAUAACUGAUCAAGAUUGGAAAUGCCAGGAUGGAAGAGAGAUUAAAAUCAGGUAUAAGAAUGGAACUGAUGCUGAUGAGGUAACACAAACAGUUGCAGCCAAUGCCAGGUACAAAGAUUUUGACACUGCUGCCUGCACACACUGGAGCAUCCGGAUAAAGCUUGUAAAUAAAAAUGACAAUUCUGGCUUUUCAAGGGCAAACACCAUAACAACUUUAACUUCUACAGUUGUUGCCCAAGUUACCUCACUGACAGCAGGCUCCAUUACCUCUACAUCAGCCACUGUUCAUUGGCAUCUGCCUAGAUUUACUGGCUGUAAUAUAACAGGGUACAUAACAGGGUACAAUAUUACAGCAGUCCGGUUACAGGGGGAAUGCAGGCAAUUGUCAGAAUUCCAGAUAUCUACCUUACUGAGUGAAAUAACAACACGUUACACAUUUACCAAAUUAUAUCCAAAUUCACAGUAUGAUAUAUCUAUUAAAGCAAUUUCUGGAGCAGUUCAGGGGGAACCAAAUUCACUACAGAUCAAGACUGUAG